AUGAAUCCUCAAAUCGUGAUAAUGACCGUGGUGGCAGCAGCCUCGUUCGCUUUCAUAGGAUUCCUUGCCUAUCGGAUCAGAGUUCGAUCGAACGAGGUCGAUCUGUCGAGCAUAUCGACGUUGCAAGAUGACAGCUCGCUCGACGAAGAUUUCAAGGACAUCCUGGCGUUCGUCCCGACGACGGAGGUGCGACAGAUCAUCGAGAGAUACGUGAAAUACGACGCUCAGAUCGGCGACACUGUCUGCUUCGUGAACGAUCAGAAGAGGUUCAUAAUUCGCGAGUUGCAGAGAAUACCUCAGUUGAUCAAGAUGGUCCGAUUUCUCCAAUUAAACGACUUGAACGUGGACUCGUGGCAAGAGAAGAUCCGCAAAUACUGGAGGAGCCUGCCGAGAUUCGUCAGAUACGAUCCAGAAAACGCGGACGGCGGUUUGACCGUGAUGAUCGACACGAUCCUGCGGACGAUACCGUUGGACGAGUUGCACGAACUGUUGCGACAGAAGGUGAAAUAUUCGUCGAGCUUCCGUAUGUUUCUGCACGCUUUGAGGUCCAAGGAUUAUCGAGAGAUGUGCAACGCGUUGGAGGAGAGCAAGGUUCUGCAUCAUCAUUGCUUCUGGGCGAAAGAGAGCGGUUUGGAGAUCACGUUCGCGAUCGAGCUUUACAACGAAAUAUACGUCUAUCUCACGCAAACUUUGGUCUCGUGA